CAUUUCGAUUCCAUGCCCCAUGUGACAACACCAGCUCCCGUCUCUCGCGCAUCCCAUUUCUGCAAGGUCCCUGAACCAAAUUCUCAACUUGGCCAUCCCCAACGCCGAGUUUGAAUUUUUUUUUCUUGUUUCGAUCUGUUUGGAAAAUCUGAAUUGUUGCUUUUAUACCAUUCGGGCUCAUUUGGAUUUGAACUUUGAAGUGUCCCGGUUUUGGAAUCUUGUGUGUCUGGGUUCUGGACUCAUGGUUCAAUCGUAAAUUGAACUGUAUCUAGAAACUGGAACAAACAUGGGGCAUCUAAAGCCAGACUCUGGAACCAUCUCAUUUAAUGGUGAAAGGAAGGAUUCUCCUGCUAAGAAUUUCAGAGGUGCUUUAGCUUGUAUGGUUAAUUCUGAAAUAGGUGCUGUUUUGGCUGUGAUGCGAAGAAAUGUACGAUGGGGAGUUCGCUAUGUGGCAGAUGAUGAUAAGCUAGAGCACUCUCUCAUCCAUUCAUUGAAAGAACUACGAAAGAAGAUAUUUUCUUGGCAAAAUAAGUGGCACAACGUCGAUCCAGCUGUGUACCUCCAGCCGUUUUUGGAUGUCAUUCAAUCUGAUGAAACUGGUGCACCAAUCACUGGAGUUGCAUUGUCAUCAGUUUACAAGAUAUUGAGCCUCGACAUACUUAAUCUUGAUACUGUGAAUGUGGGAGAUGCUAUGCAUUUGAUAGUUGAUGCUGUGACAAGUUGCCGGUUUGAGGUCACUGAUCCUGCCUCUGAAGAAGUGGUGCUGAUGAAGAUACUUCAGGUUCUUCUGGCUUGCAUGAAGAGUACGGCAUCAGUUAGGUUGAGUAAUCAGCAUGUGUGCAAUAUUGUAAAUACAUGCUUUCGAGUGGUUCAUCAAGCUAGCUCCAAAGGUGAAUUGUUGCAGCGGAUAGCACGCCAUACUAUGCAUGAAUUGGUUAGGUGUAUUUUCUCUCGCUUGCCUGAUAUGGACAGCGCUGAACAUGCAUUGGCUAAUGGAAACAGGUCGUGUGUUAAUACAGAGGUAGGUUCACCAGAGAAGGAUCAUACAUUGGAAAGUGAACAGCUACAAAAUGGCUUUGGUGGAGUUGAAUUUGGUGGUCAAUCAUCCACAUAUGCUUCAAAGGCUCCCAUGAGUACGUCAGCUAGUGGGAUGAGUGAUGGGGGGAUGAAUGCUAGUAGUGGAGUGGAGCCUACUAAAAAUGAUGAGAAACUUUUGAUGGAACCGUAUGGGGUCCCUUGCAUGGUGGAGAUAUUUCACUUUCUGUGCUCUCUGUUGAAUGCCAUCGAGCACAUAGAAUUCAGUCCUCAAUCAAAUCCUAUAACAUAUGAUGAAGAUGUUCCCUUAUUUGCAUUAGGCUUGAUUAAUUCAGCUAUUGAGUUGGGCGGCCCCUAUGUAAGUAAACACCCCCAGUUAUUGGCUAUUGUUCAAGACGAACUGUUUCGUAAUCUUAUGCAAUAUGGCUUGUCGAUGAGUCCCCUGAUUCUCUCAACAGUAUGUAGCAUUGUUCUUAACCUGUAUCAUCAUUUACGAACUGAGCUCAAAGUGCAGCUUGAAGCUUUCCUGUCAUGUGUGCUUUUGAGGCUUGCCCAAAGCAAGCAUGGCUCUUCAUACCAACUGCAGGAGGUUGCUAUGGAGGCUCUGGUUGAUCUCUGCAGGCGGCAGACUUUUAUGGCUGAGAUGUAUGCAAACUUUGAUUGUGACAUAACCUGCAGUAAUAUGUUUGAAGAUCUUGCUAACCUGCUGUCAAAAAGUGCAUUUCCUGUGAAUGGACCUUUAUCUGCAAUGCAUAUUCUUGCCCUGGAUGGUUUAAUAUCCAUGGUUCAGGGUAUGGCUGAGAGGCUAGGAAAUGAACCUCUUACAUCAGAGCCUUCGCUAGAUGAUGAGGGAUAUAAGGAAUUUUGGACAAAGACGUGUGAGAAUUAUAGUGACCCUAAUUGUUGGGUUCCAUUUGUCCGUAAGUUGAAAUACAUCAAGCGAAAGUUGAUGGUUGGUGCAGAUCACUUCAAUAGGGAUCCUAAGAAAGGUCUAGAAUUUCUUCAAGGAAUGCAUUUGUUGCCUGAGAAACUUGACCCUCAAAGUGUGGCAUGCCUUUUCAGAUACACCACUGGGUUAGAUAAGAAUCUUGUUGGGGAUUUUCUUGGGAAUCAUGAUGAAUUUUGUGUUCAGGUGCUGCAUGAAUUUGCUAGGACUUUUGAUUUCCAUGACAUGAGUUUAGAUACUGCAUUGCGUCUUUUCUUGGGAACUUUUAGAUUGCCUGGAGAAUCACAGAAAAUACAGAGGGUACUUGAGGCAUUUGCAGAAAGAUAUUAUGAGCAGUCACCACAUAUAUUAAUCAACAAAGAUGCUGCUCUCUUGUUGUCAUAUUCACUAAUAUUGCUUAACACAGAUCAACACAAUGCACAGGUAAAGAAAAAGAUGACUGAAGAAGACUUUAUCCGAAACAAUAGGAGAAUCAACGGAGGGAUGGAUCUUCCACGUGGGUUCCUGUCGGAGCUUUACCGCUCUAUUUGUGAGAACGAAAUCCAGAUGAUCCCUGACCAAAAUGCUGGGGUUCCGGUGAUUGCAUCGAGCCGAUGGAUUAAUGUGAUUUACAAAUCCAGAAAGUCCUCCCCUUUCAUUGUCUGUGAUUCGAUUGAGCUCCUCACCUAUGAUAUGUUUACUAUCCUUUCAGGACCCACAAUCGCUGCUAUGUCGGUGAUUUUUGAUCAGGUGGAGCAGGAAGAUGUUUUACAAACAUGUAUUGAUGGAUUCUUGUCUGUAGCCAAAAUAGCAGCAUGCUAUCACUGUGAUGAUGUGUUGGAUGAUUUGGUCGUCUCUCUUUGUAAAUUCACAACCCUCGUGACUCCAUUAUCCAUUGAGGAAGCUAUCGUUUCUCUUGGAGAUGACUCGAAGGCCAGGAUGGCAACCACAACAGUUUUCACCAUAGCAAAUAGGUAUGGUGAUUAUAUUCACUCUGGAUGGAAGAACAUACUGGACUGUGUGUUAAGCUUGUACAAGCUUGGCCUUCUACCUGCUAGCCUGACUAGUGAUGCAGAGUAUGAUCUGGAGCCCUCUUCUGAUCCAGAGCGGGGGAAACCUGCUACUGCUUCAUUGUCUGCGUCGCGCAUGCCAUCUGUGGCCACUCCUCGUAAAUCAUCUGGUCUGAUGGGCAGGUUCAGCCAGUUCUUAUCUUUUGAUAUGGAGGAGCCGAGCUCACAACCAACAGAACACCAACUCGCAGGUCAGCAGCGCACUCGGGAGACUAUACAGAACUGCCACAUUGAUAGCAUUUUUAUGGAGAGUAAGUUUCUCCAAGCCGAGUCUUUAGUACAGCUUGUGAAGGCCCUUAUCUUGGCUGCAGGCCGACUCCGUAAGGUAACUGGAUCCAUUGAGGAUGAAGACACUGUGGUAAUCUGCCUGGAGUUGCUGAUUGCAAUUACCCUGAAUAAUCGAGAUAGAAUAAUGCUUAUCUGGAAAGGUGUUUAUGAGCACAUAUCUGAUAUUGUUCAGUCGACUAUUAUGCCUUGCAUGCUGGUUGAAAAGGCUAUAUUUGGGCUCCUUAAGAUAUGCCAGCGACUGCUUCCUUAUAAGGAAAACCUGACUGAUGAACUCCUCAGGUCACUGCAACUGGUUUUAAAACUUGAUGCUCGGGUUGCUGAUGCUUAUUGUGAACACAUCACACAAGAAGUUAUGCGCCUUGUAAAAGCAAAUGCAACUCAUGUAAGAUCCCAUAUGGGUUGGCGCACAAUUAUUUCAUUGCUAUCUAUCACAGCUCGGCAUCCGGAAGCAUCUGAAGUAGGGUUUGAGGCACUAGCAUUUAUUAUGUGUGAUGGGGCACACCUGUUACCGUCUAAUUAUGUUCUUUGUGUGGAUGCUGCAAGGCAAUUUGCUGAGUCUCGGGUCGGGGAGGUUGAUCUGUCUGUUUCUGCCUUAGAUAUGAUGGCAGGUUCUGUUGUUUGUCUAGUUACAUGGUCUUGCGAGACUAAGAAUGAUGUGGAUAAGGAGGCUGCAGUGAAAGUCAGUCAAGAUAUCGGAGAGAUGUGGCUGAGGCUGGUCCAGGGUUUGAGGAAAGUGUGUUUAGACCAGAGAGAAGAAGUGAGGAACCAUGCUAUUUUAAUGUUGCAGAGGUCUUUGGCAGGAGUGGAUGGGAUUCAACUUCCGAAUACCUUGUGGUUGCAGUGUUUUGAUCUGGUGAUCUUCACCUUGCUUGAUGAUUUACUGGAAACUGUGCUGGGUAAAUCUCCAAAGGACUACCGGAAUAUGGAGGGAACACUUGUUCUAGCCAUGAAACUCAUGUCAAAAGUGUUCUUGCAUUUACUGUUGGAUCUUUGGCGCUUGCCUUCUUUCUGCAAACUAUGGCUGGGGGUUCUUAAUCGUAUGGAGAGAUAUAUGAACAUAAAAUUCAGGGGAAGACGUAGUGAGAAGGUUCAUGAAUUGAUUCCUGAGCUCCUCAGGAACACUCUACUUGUGAUGAAGACGACAGGAUUACUCACACCCAGUGACACUGUUGGUGGGGAUAGUUUUUGGCAACUGACAUGGUUGCAUGUGAAGAAUAUAUCCCCUUCUUUGCAAUCAGAAUUGUUCCCUGCAUUUGAAUUGGAGCAGCAGCAGUCAAAGCAAAUAAAAGCAGCAGGAAUUCCUGCACCUGAUGGAACAGUGCUUGUCCGGUCAAGUGAGACCACAGCAUGAAGAGAGUUUUAGAUUAUACGACGAUUUGGUAAAUUUUAGAUGGCCUGAGAAAUAUGUGCUUCAUUGGUUUGCCCAAAUUUAGGCAUACCAGCUACAACACCAAGGAGGCAGCCAUCUGCGGUUGGAUGUUGAUAUUUAGAGUUGACAGCCUUCAGACUUCACAAGAUCAAAAGUUUCUGGAGGAGAUGCAGAAACUAAGGAAGCAAGCUUUGGAACCUGGUUUGAUACCGGGUGGUUUGAACUUCUUGUUUUGGCUAGAUUGCCCUUUUUUUCACUCAGUGAGCGAGUGGAAUGGCUGUAUUGGAGAGAGCGUUAGAAGUAGUGCUAAUUUGUUAUACCAGUGGGCUCUUAGUAGAUAUCUCACUUAAAUUUUGUAUUUGGUUGAUUAAUUUAUGUACCAAAACCAUCAAAUUGCGCCAUUUGCCCUCUGUAUAUUCUUAAUAUUGAUAAUGCAAUGGUCUAGUUCAGCUGGAUUUCUUGAGC